CCCGGGCCGCUCCGGGGACGGGCCGGGGCGGGGCGCGGUCGCAGGAAGCCAGGCGGGGACGCGCGGAGGCGUUGGGGAGCGAGGGAGGGCGCGGCCAACUCCCGGAGGGCCGGCAGGCCGAAAGAGCGGCGCCGGGGCCUGGCGCGCAGCCUGAGAUCGCCGGACCGCAGGCCGUCCCACCACGGGCUCUGUCCCGGCCCCAGCCCCGCCAGCAUGGCCGGCCGGACCGUGCGGGCCGAGACCCGGAGCCGGGCCAAAGAUGACAUCAAGAAGGUGAUGGCGACCAUCGAGAAGGUUCGGAGAUGGGAGAAGCGCUGGGUGACUGUGGGUGACACUUCCCUUCGAAUCUUCAAGUGGGUGCCUGUGGUGGAUCCCCAGGAGGAGGAGCGGCGGCGGGCAGGAGGCGGGGCAGAGCGAUCCCGUGGCCGGGAGAAACGCGGCAGGGGCUCCAGUCCCAGGGCGGGUGGCCCCCUCAUCCUGCUGGAUCUCAACGAUGAGAACAGCAACCAGAGUUUCCAUUCAGAAGGUUCACUGCAGAAGGGCACAGAGCCCAGCCCUGGGGGGACUCCCCAGCCCAGCCGCCCUGGGACACCCACUGGACCCCCAGAAGCGACUGCAGAGGAUACUCAGCCCCCACAGCUGGGCCAAGAGAGAGACCCAGGGGACACACCCGCAGGCGGUACUGAUGACCCCCCGAAGCUGACCAAGGAGGAGCCUGUUCCAGAAUUGCUGGAAGCUGAGGACUCUGGAGUGAGGAUGACAAGGAGGGCCCUCCAGGAGAAAGGCUUGAAAACAGAGCCCCUCAGGAGGCUUCUGCCCAGGAGAGGCCUCCGGACAAAUGUCCGGUCUGCUUCCACAGUGCCAGACACCAGAGCUCCGGGAGGUGGGAGCAAGGCCCAGAGGGCGCCCAGGACGAUCCCACAGGGGAAGGGGAGGUGAGCGGGCCCAUCCCGC